AUGAGCGGCUUCAGCACUUUGGCUUGCCUGGGAGUGUUGGUCGUGGCUGUGAUCGGCAACAAGAUGCUGGAUGACUGCUUGACUUCCAAACGUAAAUUCAGCAUGAACGUGGUGCUGCUGGAGGACAACAUGUACACCUCAGUGCAGACGGCGGUCAAACAAGCCAUCCUGGCGGACGCGGCGGAGAACCUUAAAGAGAAAUUAAACUUCACGCUGACGGCCAACUUCCACGGCUUCAACACCACUUUGUACAACCGGCAGGGCUGCGGGAGCAGCACCUGCGAGGGCGUCGCCAUCCUCAAGAUGCUGCACAAAAAAGGCGAAGCUGGGUGUGUUAUGCUGGGUCCUUCCUGCACGUACGCUACCUUCCAGUUAGUGGAUGACGAGAUUGGCCUGACCCUCAGCAUUCCGAUCAUUUCCGCCGGGAGCUUCGGCCUCUCUUGCGACUACAAGCCCAAACUGACUCGGAUCUUGCCGCCGGCACGGAAGAUCUCGUACAUGUUCUCCCAUUUUCUGAUGGAGAAGUUGCCGUUCAAGGAUGAGUGGAAGAACGUUUACGUGUACAAGAAGUCGAUCUACAACGCGACCGAGGACUGCUUCUGGUACACCAAUGCACUGGAAGCGCCUUCAUCCAACUUUGCCACGAAGAUCAAGAGAGAGAUGCUACGUUCUGAGGACGAACUUAAGAAAGCGAUCACGUCUGAGAAAAGACACAGUAACAUUUUCAUCGUUUGCGGCCGUCCCGAUGACGUCACUUCACUGCAAGCCAAAGUAGGCCCCAUUCACAAGGACAUCAUGUUCAUUCUCGUGGACAUUUACAAUCCCGAGUAUUACGUCAACACCACAUCCAUUCAGGGCAUGGAGAAAGUCCUGGUCAUUACUCUCCCAAGGAGGAACUACAACUAUUUACCGUAUAAUGACACACUCAACGACUAUGUGGCCGGCUAUCACGACGGUGCGCUACUCUUUGGUAAAGUGCUGAGGGAAAGGAUGUUGAGUCAGCGGAAUGACUCCAGUAACCGAGGACAUCACGACAUCCCGCUCAGCGACAACCCAUUCGGGAACGUCUCCUUCAGCGGUAUGGGAGGUCACUAUGUGCUGGAUGAGUACGGUGACAGAGACGCGAACUUCUCAAUGAUUUACACAUCGACGGUUACCGGCAAGUACGAAACCCUGGUAGUAUUUGACACGUCACGGAAUGCAACCACAGAUGUGGCCCAUAAUCCCGCUCUCCCAUGGAAAGGAAAUCGCCUGCCCAACGAUGUACCAGAACGUUUAGAUGGGUUGAACUUGCAGGACGUGAUUGUCAUCGUUCUGAGCUUCAGCGUCGUCGUGGUGACCGCCAUCGCUCUCAUCUUCUACAGGCAGAACAGAAAAGAACGUCAAAUGCAGAAAAAGUGGUCUCACAUCAACACUCACCUGAUUUGUCCGCUGGACGAAAAGGAGGUCUCCCUAAAGAUCGAUGACGAUAAAAGGAAAGACAGCACGUACUUCACACGGCGAGGCCGCUACGACAAAAAGCCAGUUAUCCUGAAAGAGCUGAGACACACCGAUGGAAACUUCACAGAGGACCAGAAGAUUGAGCUGAACACUCUGCUGCGGAUCGAUUACUACAACUUGACGAAGUUCUACGGGACAGUGAAGUUUGAGUACGGCGUGUUUGGAGUGUUUGAGCUGUGCCAGAGAGGCUCGCUCAGGUACAUUCUGAAUGACAGAAUCUCCUACCCCGAUGAAACCUUCAUGGACAUGGAGUUUAAAAUAUCAGUCAUGUAUGAUAUAGCAAAGGGGAUGUCAUAUCUCCACUCCAGCAACAUUGAAGUCCACGGGCGCCUCAAGUCCACCAACUGCGUGGUGGACAACCGCAUGGUGGUGAAGAUCACCGACUUCGGCUGCCACACCAUCCUGAGGCCCGGAAGAGAUGUAUGGACGGCCCCCGAGCACCUCCGUAAGGACGGGGUAUCUCAAAAAGGAGACGUCUACAGCUAUGGCAUCAUCGCGCAUGAAAUCAUUCGGAGGAAGGAUCCGUUUUAUACGCAGUGCUGCUACAGUCGUACAGAGAAGAUUCACAGGGUGCAGCAUCCCGAUGGGAUAAGUUUCUUUCGACCAGAACUCAACUUUGAUGGCGUGUCAGAGAAGGAUAUUGAGCUGCACAUGCUGAUAAAGAACUGCUGGGAUGAAGAUCCAGAACGGAGGCCAGAUUUCAAGAAAAUCGAGUUAACUCUGGGUAAGAUUUUCAGCAACUUGCAUAACCAAGCCACAGAGACAUACAUGGACAACCUGAUCCGUCGCCUCCAGAUGUACUCCAGGACUUUGGAGCAUCUGGUGGAGGAGAGAACGUCUUUGUACAAGGCUGAGAGAGACCGAGCAGACCGCCUCAACUUCAUGCUGCUUCCUGGCCCAGUGGUGCGUUCUCUGAAGGAGACGGGCAGAGUGGAGCCGGAGCUAUACGAAGAGGUGACGGUGUACUUCAGCGACAUUGUGGGAUUCACCACAUUGUGCCACUACAGCACGCCCAUGGAAGUGGUCGACAUGCUCAAUGAGAUCUACAAGAACUUUGACAGCGUCCUGGACCACCACGAUGUCUACAAGGUUGAAACCAUAGGAGAUGCGUACAUGGUCGCGUCAGGUUUGCCUAAACGCAACGGUGACAGGCACGCGGUGGAUAUCGCACACAUGGCCCUGGACAUCUUGUCAUUUGUUGGGACGUUUGAGCUGCAGCACUUGCCCGGCAUUCCCUUGUGGAUACGUAUCGGUGUGCAUUCAGGCCCCUGCGCCGCUGGAGUGGUGGGGAACAAGAUGCCCCGCUACUGUUUGUUUGGCGAUACAGUCAACACGGCGUCACGAAUGGAGUCCACGGGCCUGCCUCUGAGAAUCCACGUGAGUCAGUCCACCAUCAACAUCCUGCAGAGGACUGACUGUAAAUUUGAGUACGAGCAGAGAGGAGAGACCUACCUGAAGGGAAAAGGUAAAGAGAUGACUUACUGGUUAACAGGAGUGACUGGAGGAAAAUAUAAUCUACCCACGCCGCCAACAGCGGAGAACUUCCAGCGACUGCAGCAGGACCUGGCAGAGAUGAUCGUGUCCAGCUUGGAAAAGCGUGGCGAAGGCCGAGAAAGCUUCGGGAAGAGGAAAACCAUGUCCGCCAGACGCCGGGAGACCAACAGCAGCUUUCAGGGGGAAAGCCCCCCAGAAUACUUCCACCUGGCUGUCACUGAUGACCCCAGUACUUAUCUGUGACGACAGUACUGCCCCGUGCAGCGUCAGACAUGAUCUGCACCUGUUUGAACAGACACUGCGAGAGGUCUUUGGACCGAGCUGCAGUGACUCACACGGGCGGGCGUGUGGAAACUGAGACCCACAGCGUGCUGAGGCAUCUUGGGAGUUAUUUUGGCAUCCUGUUGAUUCUUCAUGCUGCCCAGCCUUCCCGCAUCGAGCUUUUAAUAAGAGCAAGGGAGGCGUUUAACGACAUGCCAUGCAAAGCGCCAUUAUUUAAAUAGUCCAAAUCUAAUCGGUGAUAUGUCAUUGAUGUGUUUUAUAUUUGUUGACU